GACGAUAAGUGACCGCCACGUGACACAGCACGUGUCGCUACGGAGAAGAGCAAAUAACCGGACCCUAUCCGUAAGUGCAGCAGUAGUAAAGUUUCUCGGGAAGAAGAGACUCGAGCUAAGGUCAGAAGGUUCGCGAUUAUAUUCGUCGGAGGCAAUUUUCCAUAAAACACGUAUCCCGCGCGCAGUAUCUCGUCCGAAGUUCAGGUUAUUAGUUGUUCAAUAACGUAAUUAAAGUUUACCUACGAAGAUUGAAAACAAGGUGCGAGAUGAGGGAUUUGAAUAAGCUUCCAAGUCAGCCUCUUGACUUGUUUGCUUCAAAUGGAGUUAACAAGAGUUACUCGAGCACUAGCAACAUUUCCGUCUCCUCGACUUCUACGGGAGAUGAGUCCGUCUUUGACCCUUACUGCGUCGAAGGAAGUCCGCAAAAAAUCACCUUUGAAGAUGUAACCUCAGCAGCGUUCAAAGUCAAGUCAGGGAUAAUCAACACGCCAUGUGCUAGAUCCCGGCUGUCGGAUUCAAUGGGCAUGGAACUGUACCUGAAGAAAGACUUCCUGCAAACCACGGGAAGCUUCAAGGAACGAGGCGCUCGUUACGCGUUGCUGAUGCUCUCGGACGAGCAGAAGCGGACCGGAGUGAUAUCGGCAUCCUUGGGCAACCACGCCUUGGCACUCUGUUACCACGGAGCAAAACUCGGAAUACCCGUGACAGUCGUGAUGCCGGCUGUGGCACCGAUCAUGAAAAUCGCGGCGUGCAAACAACACGGCGCAACCGUCGUCGUCCAGGGUUCUGACAUGGGGGAAGCCAAGCACAACGCCAUGCAGAUCGGCAAGGAAAAGGGCCUCGUCUACAUCAACGGCUACGACCAUCCGCACAUCAUGGCUGGCCAAGGCACAUUGGGAUUGGAGGUCGUGGAGCAGGUACCAGACAUUGAUGCCGUUGUCGUUCCCGUUGGAGGAGGAGGUCUCAUCGCCGGUGUUGCACUGGCGAUAAAAACUCUGCAUCCUCAUGUCAAAGUCAUAGGUGUCGAGUCCCAGAGGUGCGCAAGUUUCACGGCAGCCCGAGCAGCCGGUCGUCCGACUUACACACCAAUCGAAUCGACUCUGGCCGAUGGUCUGGCCGUUCCUAUGGUCGGUUACAACGCUUUCGUUACUGCUGAUCCGCUGAUUGACAAGCUAGUAGUCGUCAAGGAGGAGUGGAUUGCGAUAGCGAUCUUGAAGCUGGUCGAAAGUGAGAAGUGCAUCGUUGAGGGUGCUGGAGCUACGGGACUGGCCGCCAUUCUUGCAGGACAGCUCGACGAACUGAAAGGAAAAAGAGUGGUCCUCCCCCUCUGCGGAGGCAACAUAGAUACAACGAUCCUGGGCAGGUGCCUGGAACGUGGACUUGCCGCCGAGGGUCGCCUCCUCAAGUUCACGGUGACGGUGUCCGAUCGCCCAGGCGGGAUUUCGGAGCUCUGCAGGAUGGUCGCCGACAUCGGGGUAUCCAUCAAGGACAUCAUGCACGAGCGAGCCUGGAUCAUGUCGGACAUAUUCAGCGUUGAGGUGAAGGUCGUAUGCGAGACCAGAGACGCCGUCCACACCCGACAGCUACAGGAAAUGCUCUACAAGAACUACAGGAGAGUUGUUUUUGGCAGCAGUUCCGAACUUGCAAACGGCGAUGAUCAUUCCUUCGCGGGGUACUAGAAAGUGAAUCAGCUAUGACGCUACCGUGUUUGAUAAAAUGCGUCCAAUCCACGCUAAAACUGAGAUGCAAAUUAACCGUCGAUAUUUUUUAAAUCGGUUUAAACUAAAGCGACAUUUAGGAGGUGUAUGGACGACAAUUCACUUGCCGUAUUCAGCGGGUGAAUUUUUUCUCUCGACGUUGACUUCUGAAGGUAUUUUCAACGUCGAUGGUAACUGAUCGUGGAUAAGAGGAGGCAACUCGUUCAGUUCUGUGAACGUUGUGACUAAUGAGUCUUAUUUAUUCCUACUUCUCAGUUCUUGUUGUUAUAGUCAAACGUUUUUGUAUACAUUAUACACACAUAGUUUGCAUGGCUGUAACCAAAGAUAAAACUGUUAUUAAUAACUCUGGGUAUUAUUUAUGGGGUAUCUGGGUAUACGUUUUGUUAAUAAUAAAGAAUGUUUGAUUAGUA